AUGGCAAAAAUUAUCAGAAGUUUUGUAUUCUUACUCAUUUUAACAAUUUUCAAAAUAUGCUACUGUCAAGAUGUAAUCGAAUUGAAUGACUCGAACUUUGAAAAUUUAACGCAGAUAUCAACGGGGAACACCACAGGAUCAUGGUUCAUUAAGUUUUACGCCCCCUGGUGUUCGCACUGUAAGGCCAUGACGAAGACCUGGACCCACCUGGCCUCAGAGUUGAAGGGAACUGUGAAUGUUGCUAAAAUUGACGUCACCACAAAUUCAAAGACAAGAAAGAGAUUUAAAAUUGAAGGUUUUCCAACAAUCAUAUAUUUUAAAAAUGGAAAAAUGUACGAUUAUAAAAAUCAUGAUAGGUCAUUAGAAGCCUUUAAAAUGUUCGUGCACGAAACGUAUAAAAAUGUAAAGUCCUCAGACCCACCUAAACCUCUCAGUUAUUUCGAUGUUCUUAAAGACAUGGCAAAUGAAACCUUUUCAAAUAUUGAUAGAAUCUACAAGUAUGCCUUCCCCUCACUCGUGGCUAUUAUCGUUGUGUCAUUCUUAAUGGGAUACAUUGCAGCUUUUAUUUUAUUCAAAUUUUGUUGCUGCACGAGUGGUUCACGAGAUAUUCAUUCCAAAAAGAAAAAUUAA